CAGAAAUAGAACAUUUGUAUUGAUUACAGCAGUAGUUUACAGUAGAGAAACAUGGAGCCCAUUUCGCACCUCGUUAAGGUAUCUCUCCCAAAUUACUUAUCUGGAUUACCGAUUCCAGACUCGAUAGGAGGAUGGUUCAAACUUGGAGUGCGAGAUUGGAUUUCUCUCAUCCCACCAACUGCUCUGGUUGCCGGUGUCGGGUAUAUGGCCUACCAGACCUGGUGUCCAGAGGCGAAAACUAAAAUUGCUCUCAGAGCGAAAGUAAAUCAUAAAAUCAAGAAGGACGUUGCCAAGGUAGUUGACAUGGUCGAUGUUGAGGAUAUCACUGAGAAAACUGUCUUCUGUCGUUGCUGGAGGAGUGAGAAUUGGCCUUACUGUGACGGUGCCCAUGGUCCUCACAACCAGUCCUCUUGUGACAACGUAGGUCCCCUCGUCAUUAACAAAAAGAAGUAAAUGUAAGCCAAUAAUGCAUUUAUGAUAAAUCAACAGAGGCAACUCGAUUCAUAGUGGAAAUCUAAAUGAACCAAUUGCAGUUAUUACGCCUAAGUUCCUUCUUUUUUUUUUUUGAAUGGGUUUUAUCGGCUGUUUGUAUAGCUUUACACGUCUUGCCUGUCUGGUUCUCUUUUAAAUAUAUUUCUGGAGCGUAAAUUGUCGCGUGUAAAUACUCUUAAUAUAUCAGAUACGAAUUUAGGGAUGUACAGGGCCUGAGGAUAAUUGAUGAAAAAAUAAACUCAAUAUUACCGUUAUAAAA